CAUAGAAAAGAAAACAAAGGAAAUACAAUCUGCUCAGUUAUAACACGUUGAGUAUCGCAGGUUAAAAGCCGUGGGGCCAGCAGCAUAGUUGUCUCUUGUCGAUAGGGCCGACAUACGCACGCGGCUUCAUCAGUGGCAGAGUACAUUGCUUUUCUCUAUCACUCUUUCCCCUGCGUAGGCAACGCACAAGCUGCACCGACGACGCCCUAUCACCAGAUGUCACACACGACUCAGCUGCGCUCGGCGCGCGAGGAAUGGCCUCCGCGAGCGACCUAUCUCCCCCGCCCCCACGUGCAGCGACAAUCUGUCCUUUCCUCUCACGCUGCACAGAGGUGCUCCCUUCGCUUCAGCUACAUUUCUGGCCUCCUUUCCGGCCCCACUUCGCCGCUACAGCAUACUACCACGUGCCCGCUUCUCCUCUCCACAUCCGAAGAUCACACAGCGUCAGAGCAUAUAGCGAGCGCCAGCGGUCGCGGAAAAAACUCCGCGGGCUUGUUUUAACCCACGAGCAAGGCUGAAACGCGCCGCGCUUUUGGCGGCAUCGCGUUAUCUUCCGGUGUCUGGCGGUGGAGUCUUCUGCUGCGUCAACAAAACGCACUUCGUCGUCUGCAACAAAUAUCCUGCCGCCGAGUGGCAUACGACGUUUACGGUGGUUGUUGUCGUCUGCUGCUUCAACCACGCGUCCACGCAGUGGUGUCGUCUGCUGCGUCGUCCGAACGCACCUUGUCGUCUGCAAGCUAUAAUCUGCUGUCGAGUGCCGUAUACCAGAACGGCUAGAAGUGUUGUCUUCAGCUGCAUCAGCCUGGUGUCCGGGUGGUGGUGCAGCCUGCUGCGUCAUCCGAACGCACCUUGUCGUCUGCAUGCAAUAAUCCGUCACUGAGUGUCAGAUAAGAACGUAUGCGGUAGUGUCAUCCGCUGCAUCAACGCGGUGUCCGUGCGGUGGUGUCGUCUGCUGCGUCAACCGACUGCACGUCGUCGUCUGCAAGCAACGAGCCGCCGAGAAUGUGAACGAAGAACGGUUGUUGUAGCAACUGCUGAUCACUGUUCCCCUUGUGUAAGCACUCCAUCGCAGCUGCAUACUGCGCUUGCCGCGCGCAUCGAAUUUACGACGAUAUUUCUUCGUGUCGUCGACGUCGGCAGAAGAAAAGAAGAGAACGGUGGGGCUAGCAGACAACAGCCGGCAAACACAACGAGUUUCCCGCAGCGUUUGAUGUAUUGAGCGCUUCUGUGGCGAGCCCGUGGCUUCGCGCUCACUCGUGAACGUGACGCUCUUUCUAACCCGUAGCUCUUGAACCGUCAUUUUCUCUGUUUUAUCCGAGGUCGCAGCGGCUGGUUAAGUAGGACAAAAAUGACCUCGAUAGUUGGUGUCCUGACUGGUGGGUUAGAACACAAAGCGAACUAAUAUUUUUGUUGCGACAAACCAGGAAGUACUCGUCAAGCCAAAUGCAGCUAUGAUGGCAACCCUGCUGGAAGACUGUGACAACGAAGGAAUGAAAUAGCGGUGCAUUUCUGGUUGCCUAACUGCGUGAGGAAGCUUAGCGUCCGGCUCGUCUUAUCUAUUUCUUUUUUGUUUAUUUGUUCACCGUGUCAUCGGACUCGCUGAACCGUUUCAAGGGGAACAUCAGUGGUUAUGUUCAUGGGCGACGGACGGCGCAAGAUUUUGCAAGAAGGAUACUGAAUGACACCGGCGGAGCGGACGUCUGACGACAGCUGGGAUCGGCACCGCCAUGACAGCUGCGGACAGCAAGGCAGGCGAUGACGUCAGCGUCGAAGUGGCCGCAGCUAAGCUGGCUGCCGAAGGUGCCAAUGGCGAAUCGAUCAAAGAUCCCAAUGGCGGAUCGGGAAAAGGCGCUGACGGGCUGCCGUAUUUGCGACGUCACAGCAGCGUCCACAUGCUCGCCCAGGCAGCGUGGCGCGAGGCAGCCGGCAUCUCGGCUGCCCUGGGGACGGGACUCGCCAUCAGCGUCGGAGGGCUGCUCAUCGGACUGGUCGAGGUGAUACCUCCACUGGCGGUGUCCGGACUGCGGUGCGUCUGCUCGGUGCUCUACCUGCUUCCGGUGAUCGCCCUGUUUCGACCUCAGCUGCUGGCCGACAAGGGCAACCGCCUGGGCCUCGCCGCCGUCUCCGUGGUGCUCGCGCUCCGAGCGCUCACCUUCACGCUGGGCAGCUCCACGCUGCCUCUGGCGGAGUUCUCGCUUCUCAUCAACACUAUGCCCGUCUUCGCGGCAAUCUUCGGAUGCGCCAUACUGGAGGAGCGCUGCGGGCCCCGCGAGAUGACAGCAGGCCUGCUGGUGCUGGGCGGAAUCCUGGUGGCCUUCCUGCCCACCCUGCUGAUGACGACCGACGUGGGCAACUCCAUAUCGGGCAUCGUCAUCACGCUCGCCUGCGCCAUCUUCCAGGCCAUGGCGUUCGUCAUACUGCGACGCCUAUCCUGCCAGGUGUCGCCCAUCACGGUGUCCUUGUGGACUUCCGUGGCCACCGUGGUGCUCUGUGUUCCCCCGGCAGGGGCGCUGGGGCAGCUCCGGCACCUGGACACAGAGCCCCUGGACUUGAUCUACACAGCGGGCGCGGGCCUGACGGCGCUGCUGACAGCGCUGCUGCCGACCAUCGCGUGCACGUUGGCCGAGGCCGGCCGCGUGGCCAUCGCCACCACGUCCAGCGUCGUAUUCUCGUUCGCUCUGCAGGCUGCCGUGCAGCUCAAGGCGCCCACGCCGUGGGCCCUCGUCGGCGCCGGUUUCAUCGUGGCCGCUGUAGUGUGCUCGAACCUCAAGUGGGAACCUUCGGUCGACAUCUUUGAGAAGCUAAAGCUCAAGGGCUCCGGCGAAAAGGACAAAGAACCGCUUUUCGCGGUCAAAGACUACGGAACAGUACCGGUGCCGUCGUCCACCAAGUCGCCUUGAUGCAUACGAACAUUUUCAAGUGCAUACUGAUGGACAGGGCACCAGCCCUGCCCCGUCAGUGAAACGUUUGCGUUGUUUACUGUACGGUAUUCUAAGCAAAUGUACAGUCGGCAUGAAUUGAAACGCGAACGGGAAGAUGCAAAUGAAAACCCCUUACACACGAAAGCGCAACGCGACAACACUGAAUGCCCGGUUUCCCACAUCUAAGCCUGAAACACGAGUAAACGCGGAGAAACAUUGUUUGCAUUUCAAUUUAUGUCGACAGUGCAAUUAAUAUAUUCGGAAUAGAUAGUGUUUAAAACAUGACGGCCAUGACGAUUUCCCACGCCUGCAAUCGCUUUCGGCGCAAGGAGUACGCAAAAGCAGGGCCUUCGAGAUCGGGUUCAGUUUCUGAUGGGUGCGAUGUGUCGUCUGCUACCGAAUAGGAUCGUGAAAGCUCGUCCGUGCGAGUGACUUGGAUUAAGUUCAAAGAAAAUAGAAAGGGAAAUCUACUGGUGAAUUGAUGUUUUAAUCGUGGCGAUAAUACGCCAAUUGCAGUUGUCUCGCAUGUAUAGCACACAUGUACAAAAUUUUAUAUUUGCAAAUUUUUGUCGACUGCCAGACUAACGUGCGGUUGAAGGUUGCCCGAGGACCUGUUUGUUGCCUCCUUACAGAAGUUUCAUUUCGCAACUCAAGGAAAGCGACACCAAAAUGACUGCUAGCCACUGUUCAUAGUCAGCAUAUAGCCAGGGACACAGACAUUUAUUGCUGCUUAGCAAGUUGCCCCAAUGAUGGACAUGCGUAUACUUAUAACUGUACAGUUUACCAACUGCCCUAGAAUUUUGUGAGCUCUAGUUCUUCUAAAGCUCGACAUGCAGAGGACUAAUUUCACCAGCCGGUGUAGUGGUAAUAAAUAUAUUGGGCCGGUAUUUCGUAGCGAUGCGUUAUGCUUUAUUCUAUGCUAGUCUUAUCAUCCACCGCUCACGGCCGGCUGAUUCCGUUGAAAACGUGAGCGGACCGUCGCUCUGACCACUGACCAAGCGCGAAAAGGCAUUAGCAUCGGAAAGGCAUCGCUACAAAAUACCGGCCCUGCUCUUUCUACCAAUGUAUAGCCAACAACAUACAUAAUUUUCCGAUAUGCUAUACUCUGUACAUCGCACAACUAGCCUAAGGUUUGAAAGGAGGAAAAAGAACGAGAUGAUGAAU